UUUACUGCCCAUAAAUCGCAGGGUCAAACAUAUGAGAAAGUCAUCGUGGACUUAAAAAACUGUAGGGGCUCGGCGGCGCCCUAUGUCAUGUUGUCGCGCGUCAAAUCGCUUGAAGGUUUAUGUAUCCUGCGAGAUUUCAAGAUAUCAAAAAUACGUUGUCACAUGAAUGAAGAUUGCCGCAGGGAGAUGAAUCGUCUCGAAAAAAUGAGCUUGCAAACGAUCAUU